AUGUCAGAGAAAUUAUUAAAUGAAAGUAGUCAACCAUUAACAUCUCGAGUAGUAAAGGAAACAUGUUAUGAUGGUGACUCUGAAGAUUCAAUGUACCUUGAAUCAAACACAAGCUUUCCAUCAAAUGACAAUGAUAGUGUAGAAGUUUUAUCAAACACUUUAGCUAAAUAUUUGUUGAAUUAUGAAAAAACUGACAUGAAACGUGAUGAUAUUGGCGAGAGCGUAAAGUUGCAACCAAAAUCUGCCAAGGAUGUCGUCACAUAUAAAGAUCUUAUCGAAUUUUUAUCUGGACAACCUUUCGAUGAACCUGAACCUGAAGGGGGCAAUUUGCUUCAUUGGUCUAAGUGA